AUGUGGCAGUUUACCUACGGAAUCGCAGACGGUGUCAUGGCGGCCUACGAGCAGGUUCAAAAGGGGCCCCUGAAACUGAAAGGCGUCGCAGAGCUCGGCGUCACCAAGCGGAAAAAGAAAAAGAAGGACAAAGACAAAGCGAAACUCCUGGAAGCAAUGGGAACGAGCAAAAAGAACGAGGAGGAGAAGCGGCGUGGCCUGGACAAGCGAACCCCGGCCCAGGCAGCCUUUGAGAAGAUGCAAGAGAAGCGGCAAAUGGAAAGGAUCCUGAAGAAAGCAUCCAAAACCCACAAGCAGAGAGUGGAGGAUUUCAACAGACACCUGGACACCCUCACGGAGCACUAUGACAUUCCCAAAGUCAGCUGGACCAAGUAGCCUCCCCACCCAGGGUAUGGAGUGGCACCAAGGGGAAAUGGAAGGCGAAAUCGGGGCUCUGUUUGGUGCCUUUGGUGUUUUCUAAGAACAUUCUUUUACACACACCCUUGCGUCUUCUGCUGAGACAAGUGCUUUCCAAAGCAGUGUGUCCUCUUUCUGGAACUCGAUUAAAGUAAGACUGUCCUUUUACUCUAUUUUGGUUUCUCGGUAGAAGAUCAAAUUUUUUUAGUUCAGACUAGAGAUUUUUAAAAGUUUAUCCAGAGAUUGAGGUUAUUUCCGUGUGUCACAGAAAAGGGUCUUUGCCCCCAAACUGCGUCUAGCUCUGACAGUCAGCCAGCCAUCUUUUCUUGGAUGAAACGGACUCCAGGGGAUCAGGAGGUAAUGCUAACACAGCCGGCAGCUUACAGACCCCGUGGGGCCCUACGUGAGCUGUCCUUCUGAGCUUCCUCCUGCUUGGGGCUUGUACUGUUUCUUCCAGAGCCUAGGGAAGCCACUUGUACUUUCUUGGCCUUCAGAUGCCUCCUCAGCCCCCUGGUGUGUAAGACCACACAGCCUGGAAAUAGAGCCACUGUCAAAGGCAAGGAUGAAAUGUACGCUUUGUCCCUGUCUGAGCUCCUGGCGGACCUACAGCCCCUGCCCCUAGUGCCCCCAUUCCAGACGAGUUUAGAGGGUCUGGCCCUGGCAGACAUCACUAAUCAAACACAGCAUUCUUUGUAAUGGAACCCGGACACUGCCUGCCUCACUGCCCUCAACCCUAGGCUCUAAGCAGCCCCUGUGUUUAUUCAAAGUGGCACAUAACUUGUAGCCUGCUUGGCAUUUCUGGCCUAAGGACAUCUCAGGGGUGGCAGGACCUGGGCAGAGCCCUGGCACAGACAGUACAAUACAGUCAAAGGGGAGGACCCACGUCCUGGUGCUGGAGAGCCGUGAUCUCUUUUGAGGACCUACGUGUUCCUACCUGAUGAGGAUCAAACUGCAUAUACUAUUGGGAGGAAGUCUCUGUUUGACAUAGGAGGUGAAAGAAUAACAAAAUCGUGUUGGGUUUGGGGCUGUCAUAUGGUGAAGAGAAUAAAGCAAAAAAUAGUUAUUAAA